AUGCCAGAGCCUCCACAUCCCUUCCGAGAUGCUUCCACCGAUCCCGAAGCUGCAAUGCGCGAGAUGAUGGGCUUCAGCUCGUUUUCGAUGCGCCGCCCCAAAAACCCACCUGACACGUCAUUCACGCAGGUCCCAUCUCAGUCAGCAACCCUGAGAGAUCCAGUACCACAUGUUGAAAGUUCCUCUGGUCUUCCGGGUUCCAACCCUUCUCAAGCCCUCAAGUCCGUCAAGUCGCCUGGAGAGGAACAACAACGGUCAAUUCUGUCCCAGCCAUCUUCUAACUCAAUCCCCUUUUCGACACAACAACAGACAACCAUCAUAUUCACUUCUCCGGAAACGGGAAUAUCAUAUACGUCGGAGGAACUGGAUGAAUGGACUCGUGGCAAAAUCAACGAGCGAGGUGACAAGGUCUACUUCAAACCCGGCUUUGUAUAUAAUGAUCCUUGGUUCCGGUUUCGAAACACGGGGAUGGGGGGAGAUAAUCCUGGUCUGAACAGAAAGUUAGCCGCAGCGGCCAGAACAACUCAACAGAAGGCUGGGUGA